UUAGGCACUACGGGUAGAUGGGCCUGCUUUCUGCCAAUGGUUCAUAAAGGCUAUUCUGUAUUCUAUUUAGUAUAGACAAUCAAUGACAGGGUGUACUAGAGCCACAAUACAGCACAUACUAUUUAUUCAUUUUGAACUGUCGGUACCAAGUUCAACAAAAGUAGGAAAUAAAACUCCAGUCUCCUGACAUGGCUUUAGUGGGAGUUAGAGCUUCAUACCACAGGAUUCUUAACAAGAUCGAGCUCAAACUACCUGCUAAACUGAGACCUUUCUACAACCAUCCAGCAGGUCCAAAGACAGUCUUCUUCUGGGCACCAGUGUGUAAAUGGGGUCUGGUUAUGGCUGGCAUGGCUGAUAUGACAAGGCCAGCUGAUAAACUGAGUCCCUCUCAGUCUGGAGUACUCAUGACUACAGGUGUUAUUUGGUCCCGAUAUUCUCUUGUCAUUAUUCCGAAGAACUGGGGUCUCUUUUUUGUCAAUGGUUUUCUUGGAUUGGCAGGAGCCAAUCAACUUGUUAGAAUCUGGAUGUACCAACAGGAAGUAAAGAAGCAACAGGACGAGAAGGCCCAGAUCCCCAUCAUAUAACACACACACACACACACACACACACACACACACACACACACACACACACACACACACACACACACACACACACACACACACACACACACACACACACA